UGGCGUCCGCGUAUAUUUAAUUCAAAGUGUGGUUAACGUUUGGAAUUUAUUUUUAAAGAAUGGUCAGUUGGAUAAAAGUAUGGCCAUUUGUAACGUCUGGAAAGCAGCGAUACAGUAGUGGUUGUACGAGACUAAUCUGAGCAGCCACCUGUUGUGACGUCAUGAAAACACUCAAGGCGGCGAUGAGGGAGCUAGGAUGCUAAUGCUAGCAGAACUAGCAACGGGCAAGACAAGGACACAGAUUGAGGGAAGUCCUGAGUUGGCCUUCAGCCUUUAGGAUAAAGCCUGGCCGGAUGGAUUGCAUCACCCCAGCAAGAACGAGCCUCCUGCGUCUGGGCCAGGGCAAGAAGGGGAUAUGCAAGCUGUGUGGUCGGUUUUGGAAAAGUCACGGUGUUGCUGUUGACAGGCGUUCUCCACAGACUAUGGCGCCAGACUGACAGGAAGGACGCGCAGCACCGAGGACGCAAGCCACAUCCUCUGAAGUGGACCGAAAACAAACAUGGAGGAAGGCGGUCAGAGACAAGAACAGGACCACUCGGAAAACAAAAUAGAUAAAGAAGACACUGUGGAGGAGGCUAACCUGGAUGUAGCUCAGCUGCAGGGCCUGGUGGCGGAGCUGCGUGAGGGGCUCUGUGACUCCCUGGCCGAGCAGGGCGAGCUGCAUCAGAGGGACCACAGACUGGAGGAGAAGCUGCGGGCCCACCAGACAGACGUGGAUGAUAGGAUUAUGGGCCUGAAGAACUCGCUCAACACUUUCGAGGAGGAGCUGAGUGCUGCCUUGUUCCACAUCCAGGAUAUGUCCAGCAAACAGAGAGAGGUGAUCCAGCAGGUGGAACAGCUGAACUUAACUGUCCUUCACAGGAAGAGCUCCAACCCUGACGUGCGGACAUCACCAAAAGACGACCGCCUCGGCCAAUCGGACCUCAGCAUCGGUCAGCGCUACUUUGUCGAGUCGCCACAGAGGAGCGCGUCGACGCAGACACCCACUUUGGCCAAAAGUCCAGCGUGGGCGGAAGCGUGGGACUGCAGAGAGGACACGGACACGUCUGACAUUGUGAAUGAAAAAAGUCUGAGGCAGAAGGCCGCCUUGGAGCUCCUGGAGUCAGAGAGGAUCUACGUGUCCCACUUGUCUCUCUUACUGAAGGCCAACAUCUCCUUCAACGGGCUGGAGGUACUCGCUGCCAAGGAAAAACGUCCUUUCCCUAGCUCUCUGAGGUUCCUCAUCCAGCAGCACCUGGACCUCCUGCACACCCUCCAGGAGCGCGUCCUCAGGUGCCAGUGGCAAGGCAUCAUGGGAGAUAUAUUCAUGAAGCUCACGAGCAAAGAGAGUGACUUCCUGGACUUGUACGUGUCCUACCUAAAGGAGCUCCCGGACUGCCUGGCCGUCAUCAACAUGCUGGCCUCCAACGGCAACAAGCCAAACUCCUUCCUGGAGAGCGACAUCAUGGGCGACAAACCGAAGCCCUCCUUGCACACUCUGCUCCUCCAACCAGUGCAAAGGAUUCCAGAGUACCUGCUACUGCUGCAGACUUUGCUGAGGCAUACGGUGGCCGACCACCCCGACUACUACCUGCUGCUGGUGUGCAUCCAACAGUUCCGCACCUUCUCCAGCCAGUACCAGCACCUCCUCCAACACAACCAGGAGCUCCUGCUGCACAACCGCAAGGAAGUCAAGAGCAGAUCUUCCAUGAAGCAGCUGCUGAGGACAAUGGAAGGCGGCAUUCAAGGCUCUCCUUACCCUCACAACAGCUCCAUGCUGAACCACGCGAGCCAGACCAAACAAAGCAAGCAGAUCCAGUCCCAACGCUUCCAAGACUGGGACCGGGAUCAGGACCGAGAACCGAGCCGUUAUGAGCCGGAGUGGCCUUCCCAGCUCCAGUACUUCAGUCCUGACGUGGACUCUCGGAAGCAAAAAGGUCUCGGCAUCAUCCCAGAGAGCCAGGUAUCGGGGCGCCCCUCCCAAAAUCUUCCGCCAUCAAGACCGCCAGAGUUCCGUCAGGUCCAACCGGGCUCGGCUCUCGCCGACGCCUUGGAGGAGUUCCUGCUCCCCGCGGACCCUCCCGGGACGAAAGGUCUGUACGAGGACGACACAAGCUCCCUUCGCGACGCGUCCGGGUUCGACCGCUGCUCCUCGGCCUCCUCCGACUCGUCCAUCGACAUCGCCUUCGUCAGGUGUCCCAAGUCCCCGUUUACGCCGUCGCAGCACGCCAUGGCCACCAACGCGUACGGCAACGGAUACGGCCGACCCCCCAACAGAGGGUGCGUGUCGCCGGACGAGGCCAUCCUGAUGCGGCACAACCACCUGCGCCCGCUUCAGGCCAGCCAGCGCAGAAAAAGCAAGUCUUUGAACGGCCUGCAGAUGGACGGCGUGGCAACGGACGGAGGUCUGCCGUCAGAGCAGAGGGCGGGAGCGGGCAGCCACGCCAAGCUGGAGCGCCAAGGCAGCAAAGGCAGCACGCCAUCCAGGAAGAUCCACGGUUCCCCGGGGAACAGGAAGGACGGCGCCGAGAAGCCAAGCGAGGAUCUUCACGGGCUGCUGGACACGGGGAUGCAGCACUGGGGGGAGGAGCCCAGGUGGCUGGGCGGGGCUGAGGAGAACCACCACACCCCCUUGAGUGAGAGGAGCCGCAAGCAGGACAAGGGAGGCUUCAGGAGCUCCUUCAAGAAACUCUUCAAGAAAAAAGGCGGAGAAGACAAGAAGGACAAAGCGGCAGAAAAUCCCAACAGUGAAAACGAGGCGGGGAAAAAUCUCAAACUGGUUGACGUGGAUCGAGGUACUGCAGUGUGAGGAGCAGACAUCACAAAUAUAUGAUAACUAAUCAUCAUUACUGCUGUAUAGAAGAUAUUUUGUCUAUUUACACAACUCAAACAAUUAAUAUCUUCUACUGACUUUGGAUUUGUUAGCAUUUAUUUUACAAUAGUUCAUCUAAAAAUUAUAUACUAUGCAAUAACCGCUAGAGAGCGCAGUUUGAGUUAAACGUACCUGUAUGUAAACAUCCAGCUUUAUUUGCAUGGA